CCGUGGCAGCCCGACCUCAACUUCUUCGAGUGGGACUGGGGGGCGCUGUCAAGCAUCAGCAACUCAGGAAAACCAUCAAGAAAUGGUGUGGGGUCUCUUUCCCGUCGACCCUCUCCCAGGUGAAGAUAGAUACUACUUUUUCAGCAAAGGGACUUACAAAGUUGGUCGCAAAGGAUGUGAUAUAAUCAUAAACAAAGACAAAGGUGUUUCGAGGAUACAUGCGGAGAUUGUGAUAGAUGAAAUGGUUUGCUUCGAUAAUCCACAGAGACAAUCUUCAGAUAUAUCCUCGAAAGUUCGGAUAAGGGACUGCUCUAAGUAUGGAACAUUUGUCAAGAAGAAUCUGGGGUCAAAGGAGAAGGUUCACGAGUUUCCAGAAAAAGAGACAAUGCUCAAGGAUGGGGACCUGGUUUCUUUUGGAACUGGAAAUGCAACCUAUAGAUUUGGUUAUGUUCCCUUCAUAUUUUUGUAUUGCUGUUCAAAGGAUUUGCAAGUCAAGGACCCCCUUCGACAGAAGAUAUUGUCAAUAGGUGCUUGUGUUGCUCAAGAGUGGAGUUUAAAGUGCACACAUGUGCUGAUUGAUGAUUUGGUUCCUUUGAAGGAAGAGUUAAUUGAUGCUAUUGUGGCUAAAAAACCUUUCAUCUCCUUUGACUGGAUUGAGUUUAUUGCAGGGAAAAACAUAUGCACGGAAAUUCCAAGCUAUUCGUCUUAUUCUCCGACACUUUUGCUGGAAGAAGCAUCUGUCAGAGUUGCAGACCCUCAAUCUCGAGACAAUUGUUUGAAUGGAUAUACUUUUUUGUUGGAGUCAAGAAAUAAGUAUAGACACAAGGACAAGUUGCAACCACUACUGGAAGUGGGUGGUGCAAAAGUUGCUUCCCUGGAAGGUUUCUGCAUUGAUAGCCAAGUAUUGGAGGAAGAAGGAAUUAGACAUGUGGUAAGGGUAAUUCCUACUGGAGCAACCAGCAGUUCAAACGGCUCUCAGAGCAUUAGGUCACUGCCUAGUGUAAAUGAGAUGGAUUUGAUUUCAGCCGUCUUAUCCGGACAUCUGGAUCCUUUGAUCAUUGUAUCACCUCCUGUGCUUGUCACUUCUUCAUGCUCCACAGAUGAGACAGUGGUGGCAGAUUCUGAUGAAGAAGUGGAAACUGCCACAGCCGUUCACACCUCAACUGCUGUCUAUUCAGUAGAAUCCUCUGAGCAUGACAGCAAAGAGAUGACAGAUUUACAUAUGAUAGAAUCCACUCAGCAUGAUAGCGGAGAAGAAACUGCAAUCAAUGUAAUAGAAUCUACUGAAACUGAUAGGAAGGGAAAUAUUACUCUGGCUAGUGUAAAUGCCAUUGAACAUGAGAUCAAAGAGGAGAUACCAUGCAAUAAUGUGUCCAUUAAAUGGUCUGAAGGUGCUUCUUUCACUGGCUUGAGGAACAGAGAUGGUAGAACAGGAUCGAGAUUAGAAAAAGUUGAAGAGUCAGAAUGUGGGAACGUGGAUGUUAUAUACAGCCAAGAUCUUAUCGUAAGAGAUUCUCUAUCAGCAUCAGUUCAUUUUUCUACAAAUGAUGCUGUCAUAAAUUUUAAACGUUUCCGAAAGAGGGAGACUCCGUCUGGAAAUAGUUUCAGCAGUCUCAUUCCAUUCUCAAAGGAUCCUUACAAAGAAUCGGACUAUGGAAAUGAGGAAGUAGCUGAAUAUCUGAAAGAAGAGAAAAAGAGAAAACAAAUGGAAGCCUUAGCAGAGGACUUAUUUAAAUAUGAGAAGGGGAGAAGACGGAAUGCAGCUGGCUCUCGCACAGGACUUGUUGCUUAUACUUGACUUCCUGGUCUCUGCCUUCUUAUGACAUUUUUGGCAAACUCUACAAACUCGAUCGGACGGUAUUUUCUCCCCGUAUAAUAUGAGGAGUUUAUAUUCGCAAUGAGUUGGUAUAAUUGUAGAGUUCAAGAGAGGUAGUAUAUUGAUGAGAAUGAUUUGCGAAUGAUGGGAUGGAAAUAGCUUUAUAUGUAGUAAUGUAGUAGUUCAUUAUUUUCUUGAAGUUCAA